GUUGGAUCAGUGGUGGCUGUUGGUCUCGUGAAAUCUCGUGAACGAGUUAAAUGGUCUAUAUUUCGUAACAUUGUCAUUUCAUGGAUGGUUACAGUUCCAGUAGCAGAGUGCCCGAUUGUUCUCUCAUGUGCUAUGACGUUUGUCUCGAUCACAAACUUGAACCACGGAACUGGCAACGAUGACCUUUUUCCUCCGCGGCGAUACUCGUUGACAAUGACAGAUAAUAAGAACGAAGAAGUCACACCACCGAUGGCGGAGAUCGGAAGACUUUCCUGUAGUAGUCAGAAGGAUUUGUAA